AUGAAAGUCCUGAUCGGCCUGUACGUCACGGAAGUGAUCCUACGCGUCAUUGGCUGUCCAGUCCAACCGUUCUACCUCGAUGGCUGGCUGGUCACCGACGUGGUCGUUUCCGGCAUUGCCUUCACCGACGAGUUCGUCCUGGAACAUUUCAACAGCCUUGGGAUCUUCCGGUCCAGCAGGGCGAUUCGCAUGCCGAAGCCUCGGGCCAUCCGUCCGGCGUGCGCAUCAGUUCUCUUCCUGUUGGCAGCUGAGCCGGAAGCCAUGUAUGGCACGGCAAGCCAACUGCUUCCUGAAGUUUCAGGAGAUGGCUCGUUGCCACAUCUCCUCGCCAUUGAGGCUUCGGAUUCUCCGAGUGGGACGAAUUUUUUCGAUGCUCGGGUCUUCGCAUCGAUCAGGGAGUAUCCAUUGGUUGCGCAAGUGGUUGCUGAGACAGUUGCCCGGCUUGGCUGGAUGUUGGCAAUCUGGAGCUGCUUGGAUGAGUUUUACUUGCUCCAAGUGUGCGAGGUCGCGGUUGGGGCCUCCGGAUACGCCGAGCUGCCGACUAUUGAGGAUCCCGUACUUCAAGCGCUGGUAGAGUCAGGUCCCACGUAUCCCAUAAGCAUUGAAGAGAUCCUUCGUGGAAUGGGCGGUUCCCUUCUGAUCCUCAACAUGAGAUUGAUCUACUGGGGUCCAGGAAUCGUUUGGAAACUGCUCCUGGCGGAGAGUCUACGUUGGAAUGUUGCAGGAAGCAUCAUCUUGGCCUAUGCAGCUCUUUGCCUCUGCUGGCUGUGGCCGAUGGUGCUGGGCACCUUCAUCUCGGCACUCAGAGAGGGCAAUGCGAAGCACCAGCAGAAGAAGACAGCUGAAGCCCGCGCAGAUUCCGCGAUGAGCGCUGCUGAGCUGAUCGAUCUCUUUGAGGUCAUCUUCAGAGAGAUUGAUGUCAUGGGACAUAACUUUUUGACCCUUCCCGACUUCGUUGUGGGUGUGCUGAAGAUCUUCCGGGUGAGCCCACGUCCAGAGUUUAUGCACACGGACGAGCAGCAGAGACGAGUUGACGAAAAAGAGGAUGCGGCCAUCCGGCAGUGGUUCCGAAAUAUGGCCGAGGAAGAUCACAAGAUCAUGUCCCGCUUGGAUGCCUUGGAAAAGCGGAUUGGAAAUCUCCAGAAGAGGACCUAUCCAGUUGAGGAACAGCUGAAGGCGGCUUUUGGGAAGGUGACCGAAAAGAUGAUCCAAGAGGAUGUUUUGCCCUGGCUGCGAUCCGCGAUUCCACAACAUUGCGCGGGCUUGUCGUUGAAAGUGCAGCGUCGCGAUGAAAUGCAGAGGACUGCCGCAGCGGGGCAGACGCAAGUGCAGCAGGGCCAGGUGCACUUGCAGAGCCCUCCCAGUCCAGACUCCCAGCAGCGGAAAGGCUUUCGUCUCAUGGAGUCCUUGCGCGAGGAAUUGCUGAGAGCCGCCUAUGGUGAUGAGUGGGGCAAGACGGGCAGCUCGGAUCUACGGCAGGGUCGUGGCAGCAGCCUGCUCUACGGAGUCUCGAUGGCACGAAUUUCCUGCGAGUUUGCCGUCCCCGCAAGCGUCGAGCAGCUGGCGCGUGCCUUCUGCACGAGAGAGGAGCCUCUGGGUGGACCCGUCCUGGAGCUGGGCAUGGGGACUGGCAAAGUUGCCCUCCAGCUCUUCUUCACCUUGCACGUUGACAUCUUCGGAUUGGAGCUCGCACCGAGCCGCUAUGUGCUGGCGGCAUCUGCUCUUCGAGAGCUUUCACGGGCAAGCGAACGCUUCACUUUUCAGGAGCCGGGAGACUCUUCGGUAUUGCUGGACCACGACUACGGCGUGCGGUGCGAGUUUCGCUGUGCCUCCCUCUUGGAUACGUCCGUGGAGAUGCUGCAGACAGCUUCUGCAGUUGUCAUGGAGGUCUGCUUGCCGCUUGAGGUGCAGCGGGAGGCCAGCAAGAGGCUCCAGAUGUGCCAGCCAGGCUGCCGCAUCGUCAGCUACUCGGCGCUUCAUGGCUUGGUGGGUCAGGACUGCCGCCUUGGACCCGUGAAAGCAGAGAGUGGACUGACUGGCGAUGGACGCGGAGGCAUCUCCCUCGCUGCAUCCUGGAAGCCCGUCGGUCAUGGCUUUGGCUUUUACGAGAUGGCCGCUUCAGCUGAAGAUGCUGCAGCUGCUUGGUCCCAGGCUACCGCGAAGUUGAAGUCUGAAGAUGCUGUUCAGGUUGAUGUGACCGGAUGCCCUUCUCGUGCCCGACGACUGCGCUACACUGAUGAUGUCUUGGCUGAUCCGGCCCUUGCAAAGUAUCCCUGGGCUAAGGGAGAUAAGGUGUUGGUUGGGUACUCUUGGCUGCCGUUUCCAGACCUCGGAGAGCCGGACGACGGCAGUGCUGGGGGGCUCGAUGGGGUGACCUGGAUGCCGGCAUAUGUGGUUUGCGUAUUCGAAGACAAUUUCGUGAAUGUUUGCUACGAGGACGACGGUACCGUGGAGGAAAGGGUGCAUCCUGACAGGAUACGAAUUCCAGGAAAGCGCCGCGAAGUGGAUGCGGUGACAUGA